AUGCCGUCCCAACAUUCCAAAUCGCAGCGCGGCGGCGCUUCAACCGCCGUCUCGUUCUUUGCUACCCAUAUACACAGCGCGGUAAUUGCCGGCGUGUCGUAUGCGAGCUUUCGGAAUCUCAUUCUCAACCCAACAUCCACUCUCCUCUCGACAUUACCGCUUUUGACCGUAGCCCAAGCUGCGUAUGUUGUACUUUGCUUGGACGGCAACGGUAUUGCGAAAGGAAAGCGGCCAAAGAUUGGGAAAAAGGGGGAGCAGUUGGCUGCAGCGACGGGGAUCAGCAACAAGCUUUUGACAGCUUUCCUAUCAUUACUCCUUGCCUCCACCGCAGGGACGGUGAUAUUAGGCCUCUGCAUGGUUCUUUUUGGGGCACCGGUAACAUCACACCUUUCGCACACAACUCUAUGUGCGGCACAUAUGGCUUUACUGGCCGCAUUUCCCCUCAUAUAUACCAAUGGUGUCGACGGACAGAAGUGGAGGGAUAUUGUAUCAGUCACCUUGCCCAUAGACGAGGCAUUUGGUGGUGCCCUGGGGGCGCUUGUGGGAGGCUGGUUGGGAGCUGUUCCUAUUCCAUUAGAUUGGGAUCGCGAAUGGCAGAAGUGGCCUGUAACAAUUGUUACAGGUGUCUAUAUUGGGCAUCUAGUCGGGAAGUCGUUAGGUUCCGUUUUCCAAGGGAAGAAACUUCCAUUUUAG